AUGAAACUGAACUAGAUGAAGUUAAAAGUCUAAUUAAAGUAUUGGCAUUAAUUAUAAUAUUUAUAUUUAACAUUCUUCAAAAAAAAUGUAAGUUUUAUUUAUACAAAUCAAUUUAGGGCACCCAAACAUUAGUAAGAUAUAAAUCUAAUAUCAAUAGUGCGUUUUUGAGUAACAUAUCCAUGUGUCUCUACAUAAGUUGUUGGAUAUCUCAAUAUUGUUUUUAAGUUCAAUAAAUCAAUUUAAACACGGAUAAUUUUAAAUUAGAUGAUUACUCUACCUACCUUGCACUAACCAUAGGCGGGGGAUCUCUAUUCAUUCUUUCCUUUUUAUUUGGACUAUUCAGAGCAUGCAUACUGCAUACGAGUGUAUUUUGGGGUUAGCUUUGUUGUCUUACAUUCGGAUAAACACUGAUAACAAUCGGUAUGGGUUUUGGAUAGACAUCAAAAGAUGUGGUAGUAAAUUAGAAAUAUUCACUUAGUAUGGUCAAAUUGACUUUACCUUUAAUUACCCAGUUGCUGAAUUUAUUGGUAUAUGCGGAAUCUUUGUAUAAGCACUACACAAUUGUUAUGAACAUAGCUUGGAUGAAGAUUCAAAAUGA